ACAUGCCACGUGUACUGUGACCGCAUAGAUUGAUGACGUCAUAGUUUGUUGUGUACACAAGCAUAUCUCCUCUAUUAGUAAUGGCUGAGCAUCAAGUUGAUACGACGAGUUUGCCAGAUGCUGCUAAAAAGCCAGACAAAAUCAGUGACUUCAGCAAUGACCUCAACACCAAUCUAUCACUGUUAACAUCUCUGGAACAGGAGUCAGAUAGAAUAGCUUUCCUCGAUGAUUCUGGCCCAGAGAAGCUGGAAAAUAUGUCUGACAGCACUAUACCCAAGUUAAGUGCAGUUGACAGUUUAGAAGUAUUUUCUGAUCCUGACAGUGAUCUGGUGACAUAUAGCGGAGAUGAAUCAGAAAUUGAUGAUGAUGACGACGACGAUGAUGAUAAUGACCAGAAUUCUUUACAUUCGGUGCGACACAUUACAAAAAUUGAACUUCCAUCAACUGUGACUGUUCUGCUUACUGAACACGGCAGCAAAGUAUAUAUUGUUGGGACAGCACACUUUAGUCUGGAGAGUCAAGAAGAUGUGGCGAAGACCAUUCAGUGUGUAAAACCAGACAUUGUGAUGGUAGAGCUGUGCAGUAGUCGUGUAAAUAUAUUACAAUUGGAUGAAGAGACCCUUUUGGAAGAAGCUAAAAACAUAAACUUAGAGAAGAUAAAACUUUCUAUUAAACAGAGUGGAGUUGUUCAAGGUUGCUUACAUCUACUUCUUCUCAGCCUCUCUGCACAUUUAACCAAGGAACUUGGGAUGGCACCAGGGGGUGAGUUCCGAAGAGCUUUUAAAGAGGCAUUAAACAUUCCUGGGUGUGACUUCCAUCUGGGGGAUCGUCCAAUUCAGGUGACACUACGUAGGGCACUACAGUCUUUGUCUUGGUGGCAGAAACUACGUUUGACCUGGUUUCUACUAACAACUAAAGAACCCAUUACGAAAGAGGAUGUAGAAAUGUGUAAACAGAAAGAUUUACUAGAACAAAUGCUGAAAGAAAUGACAGGAGAAUUUCCUGCACUUAGCCGUGUAUUUGUUGAAGAGCGAGACAUUUUCUUGGCAUACUCACUUAAAAAACUCUCUAAACCUGAUCCUGAAAGUAAGACCAAUCCUAUUGUUGUUGGUGUUGUUGGUCUUGGACACAUACCUGGAAUUGUACAGAACUGGGAUAAAGACUGUGAUAUUAAAGAAAUUAUGAAGUGUCCACCACCAUCAAUUGCUGGUCGCUUGUUUCGCUGGACGUUCCGUGCUUCCCUGGUUGGCAUAUUCUCAUGGGGGUGCUAUCGAUUCUACAAAUGGACAGUCGCCAAUGUCAGUUGAGAAGGAGUCUUCAAAUUCAGACCUCUGUGCUGAGUGUUUUCGCUCUAAUGUUCUCAGCGCUUACUCACAUGACAAUUGCUUGACAAUGGUCCAAUAACCUUCUCCUUGCAGCUCUAAUGUGUCUCGGUUGAAGUCACUCAACUAAAGUCAUUCUAACUUUUAGUUAUCUCCCCUUCCUCCAAUCAUUUUCUCUAACAUUACCAUAAGUCAUUGACUGACCAUGCGACAAUGACAAAAAGGUCUUCGACAAACAUUUUACCCUAAAAAUACAUGUAUCACAUCAGUCAGGCAUCAUGGCAGUUUACAUAUGGUUUUCAUCAAAAUUAUUAAAUUUCUGUUCAGUUAUUAAACACUGUUAACCAAAGAAUACUACUAUUAUCAGGGCAAUGGAUUGGUGGAAUUGGUUGACCAGUAAACAAAAAAAAAUGCCUUGUAGUAUUUAUUUAUGUCCCUUCCAUUACUGUGAGUUCAAAUCCACUAGGGUUGAUUUUACCUUUCAUCCUUCUGGGUUUGAUAAACUAAGUUCCUGUGAAAUACUGGAGGAUAUAGAUGCAAUCAACUAUAUCUUUCCCUCAAAUUUGUCGCAUUUUGCCUAAUUCAGCAAUUGUUAUCAUCACCAUCAACAUAAUAAUUAAUCCUGUGCUGAUAGAUCAUGAAGUGACAGUAAGUUUUUAGCAAAUCACUUCAGACUUGAUUUUCUUGUUGAGGUUAUUUCAUUUAUAUUUCUAAGGCUUGAGGGAAAGGCAAAAAUACUACACAUUCUUGUUGCUUCCUCUUCCAUAAAUUUUUUAAAUGACCCAACUAAUUAAUAGGGAUAUGGCAAGGCAAGUGGAUAGGCUACCAGCUGUCUAGUCGUGAUUAUUUGUAAAUUUUAUCUCAUUACCGACAUACCAUGCUCCCAAGACAGCUAACUCUAUUCGCCUAACUUGCUUAUUUUUAUUCUUAGAGGGUGGUGGAUUAAUCAGAAUAGAGUGUUGGACAAAACACCUUGCAGCAUUUAGUGACAUCUCUUUACAUUCUUAGAUUGAAUCUCAGUGAGAUGGGCUUUUCUUUUCAUCAUUAAGGAGUUGAUAAAAUAAGUACCAGUCAAUUACUGAGUUUGAUUAAAAUGGACUGAAAACUUGUGGCUAUGUUAGAAAUCAUCAUUAAUAUUAUUAAAGCGGUGAGUUGCAGAAUCCCCAAACUAUCAGAAAAUAUGCCUUUACAUUCAAAGCACUUUUGUAAGGUCCCUUUACCUUUGUCUUCUGAUGAAGUUGUGUGGGGCAAUUUCCCCACCUCUUCAAUUUAUGGUCUCAUGCCUAUGUUAAAUUAAUUCAUGAGCAGUUGUUUGACAGAAUCAUUAAAGGUAUUGGACAAAAUUCUUUGCAGUAUUUGUUCCUGCUUGUUACGUUCUGAGUUCAAAGCCUGCUGAGAUCAACUUUACUUUUCAUUCUUCCAAGGGCAUUAAAAUAAAGUACUAAUGAAGUACAGAGGUUGUUGUAAUCAACUAGCUCCUCCCGCCAAAUUUCUGGCCUUGUGCCUGUAAUUAAUAGGGCAAUGGAAUGCUGAACAAAAAUACACCUUCAGGUACAUUCCUUUAGAUUUUAAAUUCAAAUUCUGCCAAGGUCGGCUUUGCCUGCCAUUCUUCUGAGAUUGAUAAAAUAAAGUUUAGUCAUGUAUAGAGUAAUUUCAAAUUACUAUGUCUCUCCCUUUAUAAAUUUGUGGCCUUGUGCCAUUGUAAGAAACCAUCAUCAUUUAUUAAUGUGAUGAACUAAAUAAAUGGCUUGUGAGUCAAUAUCCUAUAAUUGGCAGGCAUCGCAUUUGUUUUUUUAGAUUUAAGCCAUUUCAGAAAUCUUCAAUAAUUUCAUUAUUUAUUUUGGAAACUUCUGUGUUUAAAUAAUUAUUCACAUUUCUUUCUUUUGGUCUCUAUUCCCACCUUCAGAAUAGUCCUUGAAGAUUCAACAUUGAAAAAAAAAAAAAAAUCCCCUUUUCACUUGCUACCCUAAUUUGUGAUGAAUUUUCAAGCAGUCACCCUUUUGAGUAUGCAUGUAUUUUGGUGGAAAGUUACUUACUGCUCUCUAGUGAUUUUCUCCAUGCCAACAACAUCUCAGUCUGUCAAUACAUGUACUGAUUUUCUUACAAGAUUAUUUCAAGAAAUGUAAAGGAGGAUAAAAAAAAAAUCUGUUUUGGUCUUUUUUCUUUUUUACCUCUCUCUCUCUCUCUCUCUUCCAGAAGAAAUAAAAUGUCUAUGAUUUUGUCAACUUUUAUCAAUCAGAAA